ACAAGAAGAUACUGAGGAACAAACAGACCUGAUGGCACUGAAAGAAGAGAGUCAAGACCUGAAUGAAAACAAAGAGAAAAGUCUAAGGGAUGAGAAGCAUCAUGAUUUCAUAACUGAAGAAAAAUCUUUCAGUUGCUCACAGACUAAAACGAUUUCCAUGCGAAAAAAAGCUCCGAAAACAGGAUCUAGAAAGUUCACCUGCUCUCAGUGUGGAAAGAGUUUUACACAUCAUGGAAACCUUUAUGUCCAUAUGAGGAUUCACACUGGAGAAAAGCCUUACACCUGCCAACAGUGUGGGAAAGGUUUCACUCAAAAUGAAAGCCUUAAACUCCACAUGAGUGUUCACACUGGAGAGAAGCCUUUCACCUGCCAACAAUGUGGGAAAGGUUAUACUCAAAAUGAAAGCCUUAAAGUCCACAUGAGAAGUCAUACUGGAGAGAAGCCUUUCACCUGCCAACAGUGUGGAAAAAGUUUCAUUCGAAAAGCACACCUUAAAGUACAUGCAAGCGUUCACACUGAAGAGAAGCCUUACAUAUGCCCUCAGUGUGGUAAGAGUUUUUCACAUAAAGCAGCAAUGUAUCCCCACAUGAGAACUCACACUGGAGAGAAGCCUUACACCUGCCAACAAUGUGGACAAAGUUUCACUGAAAAAGGAAACCUUCGAGUUCACAUGAGAAUUCACACUGGAGAAAAGCCUUUCACAUGCCAACAAUGUGGACGAAGUUUCACUCAAAAGCACUACCUUACAUCCCACAUGAGAAUUCACACUGGAGAGAGACCUUUCACCUGCCAACAAUGUGGAAAAGGUUUCUCUCAAAAGACCCACAUUAAAUCCCACAUGAGUGUUCACACUGGAGAGAGCCCUUUCACCUGCCAACAAUGUGGGAAAAGUUUCACUCAAAAUGGAAGUCUUAAAGUCCACAUAAAAAUUCACAAUAGAGAGAACGUUUUUACAUGCCAACAGUGUGGGAAAAUUUUCAUUCGAAAAUCUUGUCUUAAAAGCCAUACGAGAGUUCACACUGAAGAAAAACCUUACAUCUGCACUCAAUGUGGAAAAAGUUUUAAAUAUAGUGCAGCAGUUAAUCGCCACAUGCGAAUUCACACUGGAGAGAAGCCUCACACCUGCCAACAGUGUGGAAAGAGUUUCACUGAUAAAGGAAGCCUUAAAGUCCACAUGAGAAUUCACUCUGGAGAGAAGCCUUUCACAUGCACCCAGUGUGGAAAAAAUUUCUCCCAAAAGGAACACCUUAAAUCCCACAUGAGAAGUCACACUGGAGAAAAGCCAUACACCUGCCCUGCUCCGAUGACUGUUUGUGUCAUCAGUGUGGAGUGAGUUUCAUGGACGGAAAACAUCGUAUGAAUCAUGUCACACUGGAGAGAAGCCUUUCAUGUGCCAUCACUGUAGAAAGACUUGUAGCCUACGGUUUGCUUUGUUUGAACGUUUACACGACAAUGAUGGAGUCAAAAAUGGAAAAGUUUUUCCCUUGCGUUUUUU